AUGGCGGACGAUAAGAAGAACGAUAAUUAUGCCAUCGAUAUGGACAAGUUGGAUGCCAAUAACAAACGAUUCGAUGCUCCGCCGCCUUCGCAACCCCGACUCCCUUCAUCACGCUCAUACACAUACAGCUCCGCUCUCCCCGUAUUUUGCUACUGCUGUUCUUCGAUUUUGAUGACUGUUACAAAUAAAUAUGUUCUGUCAGGGACUUCAUUUAACUUGAACUUUCUCCUUCUGUGUGUCCAGUCCCUUGUUUGCGUUGCUGCAAUUCAAACGUGCAAAUCCUUGAAGAUUAUCACCUAUCGGGAUUUUAAUAUAGAUGAGGCAAAGAAAUGGUUCCCAAUUUCUCUCCUCCUCAUCGGCAUGAUAUAUACGGGCACCAAGGCCUUGCAGUUCCUUUCCAUCCCCGUAUAUACCAUAUUCAAAAACUUAACUAUUAUCCUCAUUGCGUAUGGCGAGGUGCUGUGGUUUGGAGGCUCGGUCACUGGCAUGGUGCUUUUCUCGUUUGGCUUGAUGGUUCUGAGUUCCAUCAUUGCGGCGUGGGCAGACAUAAACCAUGCGCUUUCGCAAGUAGGCAUGGAUGCCACAAGCAAAAUUUCAACACUCAACGCUGGAUAUGUCUGGAUGUUGAUCAACUGCCUUUGCACCGCAUCCUACGUUCUUGGUAUGCGCAAGAGAAUCAAGUUGACUAACUUCAAGGACUUUGACACCAUGUUCUACAACAAUCUUCUCUCCAUCCCCAUUAUUUUGGUCGCCUCUCUUGUCGUGGAAGACUGGUCAUCAGAAAACAUCAACUUAAACUCCCUCCAGAGACUCGUAGCCGCAUUAUCAUGGCAAUGGUCUUCUCAGGCAAGUCCUCCGUCCUUUCUUUAA